ACGCACAUGCACGCGCACGCAUAGAGGAGCGACAGCUAGAGCAGCAGCAGCAGCAGUAUGGCUAACAUCGCGGUGCAGAGGAUAAAGCGGGAAUUUAAAGAAGUCCUGAAAAGCGAAGAGACAAGUAAAAACCAGAUUAAAGUCGAGCUGGUGGAUGAGAACUUCACAGAAUUGAGGGGGGAGAUCGCAGGACCGCCUGACACACCUUAUGAAGGUGGUCGAUACCAGCUAGAAAUUAAAAUUCCAGAAACAUAUCCCUUCAAUCCUCCAAAGGUACGGUUUAUUACAAAGAUCUGGCAUCCCAAUAUCAGCUCAGUCACUGGUGCCAUAUGCCUGGAUAUUUUAAAGGACCAGUGGGCGGCAGCCAUGACACUCCGGACAGUGCUUCUGUCCCUACAGGCAUUAUUGGCAGCAGCAGAGCCAGACGAUCCACAGGAUGCAGUGGUGGCCAAUCAGUAUAAGCAGAACCCAGAGAUGUUUAAGCAGACGGCUCGGCUCUGGUCACACGUUUACGCAGGUGCACCAGCCUCCAGUCCAGACUACACGCGCAAAAUAGACAAACUGUGUGCUAUGGGUUUUGAUAAAAACGCAGUAAUUGUGGCACUAUCGUCAAAAUCCUGGGACGUGGAGACGGCAACAGAGUUGCUGCUUAGUAACUGAACCGACAACGCCAUGACCACCACCCACGUCCCAUUAUCCAGAUUUCCCACAGCCCUGACUCCACCCAUAUUCAAGUUGGUUUCACUUCGUGAAUGGAUAAAUUGCACCUCACCCAACACACUGCAUUUACGAGUUCCUGCAAUCAUUUUCUCUCGUUCACAUUGCAGUUUGUUCCGAAAUUCUCCCUCCUUCAUACUUAUGAUUUUUUUUUUCUCCCCCAAAUUUUCUCUUUUUCAUCUUUUUGAGUUUAGUGCCUUUCCCCCCCCCCUUCAUCCGUAUUUCUUGUCUUCAUCAUGACUAUCCUCCUCAUACUGCUCACAUGAUUCUUACCACAGUGCUGGAUAUUCCCAAACUGCCCUCUCCUCCAUUUUGCACAAUCAUUCAGGCUCUUUUGUGUGGAAUCCCAUUUCUAGGAUUCCAGGAAAAUCGAACAAAUAAAAAUACAUACCACUCUCGCAUUACACCUAACGUUCUAGCAAAAGAUCAAGGAUGGAAUAUUACGAGAGAUGGGGGAGGAAGGAAACAGAAUCACACUCACUGAACAAAGCAUCGACAACAGAAGAGCAGCAGAAAAAAUUUCAUCUGUAAAUAAAGCUAUUAAAAUCUGUAUAAAUUAAAGCAAUGUGGCAAUGCUUUUAUUUAUUAUUGUUUUAAGGAAAAGUGAAAUAAAUGAGUUUCGUGGCUAAUACAGCAA